AUGUCUGUCUGUCUCUCUGUAUGUCGAUCUAUCUAUCUAUCUAUCUAUCUAUCUAUCUAUCUAUCUAUCUAUCUAUCUAUCUAUCUAUCUAUCUAUCCCAAUUCUUUGUGCAUAUACAUGGAUGUAUAUAUAUUUAUAUAUUUUACAUAUGUAUGUUUAUAUUUACCACUAAUAUUAUCUAUCUAUCUAUCUAUCUAUCUAUCUAUCUAUCUAUCUAUCUAUCUAUCUAUAUAUACAUAUAUAUAUAUAUAUUUCUCACGAAAUUUCAACGCCCCUUUUCCUCUCUCCUUCUUACACCAUCUUUCUAUAUUCCUGUUCACCGAUUCACAAUUGCGUAAAAUCUAUCUAUCUAUCUAUCUAUCUAUCUAUCUAUCUAUCUAUCUAUUGACUAUUCUUUCUGUGUCCGCCUCUUUCUGUUUAUCUACUUUUACCUUCGUUUAUAACAUUCAAUUCGUAAUUGGUAAUUUCUUUAUUAUUCCUUUCACGAAUCCCAAACAAUAUUUAGCUUAUUUCCUUUCCUUUCGAUCGUAUCUACAACACUGUUACCUUUGCUUCUUUUCUAUCUGUUUUCGAUUCCUAAAAACGUCUUUUUUUUAUUUAUCCCUUUUCAUCAAUUUCUCUCUCUAUCGCUCUCUUUCGCUCUUUCCCUCCGUUUUAAAUUCACAUUUCCCUGUUUUGUUUUUUAUUUUGUCUUAUUUCCCUUCCUUUCUUUACACUUUCCAAGAGCUCGUUACUAUUUUCUCCAAUUUGAAUUCGAAAUGA